AAGGCCUACUGUCAAAACAAGUCAUAUGAUUUGUAUUGAUUGGGAGUGUUAGAAUCACAUUUUUAUUCCAGUUUUUUGAAAAAAUGGGGGCAGCAGCAUUGCCUUUUAUUGUAUUCACCGUUUUAUGGGGAGCUGUAGGAGGCGUAGCUCCAUUUUUUGUACCGAAAGGUCCUAAUAAAGGAAUAAUCCAAGUUUUACUGAUUUUGACGGGGGUUUGCUGUUGGUUGUUUUGGCUUUGCUGCUAUGUCGUUCAAAUGAACCCACUUAUAGGACCUAGAAUUGAAAAAGAAACUGUGCUCAUUAUUGCAAGACAAUGGGGAGAAGCUAUCAAGCAAGAUUAAGUUAUACAAGAAUUUUUUUAUUAUAUAGGAUAUCAUUUUGAAUUUGAUUAGAGGUAAAAUUUAUUAAUGUAAUUUUAUGUAUAUUGUUGUAAAAAAGUUAUAUUCACUUUUGUGAAUAUGUAUAAAUGAAAUUAUCUCAUCAAAAUAAAUAAUUUUUCUGUUCAA